AUGAUGGCUGUCAGCCAAAAGCUCAGCGCCCUCGUAUGUCAAUACGAGCGCACUCAUCCACGAUCAAAGGAAGCCCACGACAGAGCCAAGAAUGUUUUACCGGCGGGCAGUACUAGAUCGGUUCUUGUCUCUGCGCCGUUUCCAUUCUUGAUCAAAUCUGCAGAAGGCGCAUCUCUCACUACGAUCGACGGUAUCAAGUUUGAGGAUUUUGUCUCCGAUUUCUCGGCAGGGAUAUACGGGCACUCUCACCCCGUGGUCCACGAUGCCGUUCAGAAAGCCUUGGCGACGGGGUUCAGCCUUGGUGGAAUUACACAGAAAGAAGCCGAGUUGGCUGAAAUCUUGACGACGAGAUUUCCCUCUUUCGAGAAAGUUCGCUUCUGCAAUUCUGGCACGGAAGCGAAUAUGUUUGCGCUUGCAACGGCGGUGGCGUAUACGCAACGGAGGAAGAUCGUUGUCUUUGAUAACGGAUACCACGGGGGAACCAUCAGCUUCGGCGCAACACAAAACGCAAUGAAUCUACCCCAUGAAUUCAUCAUUGCGAAAUACAACAGCAUCGAAGAGACAAAACCUCUCCUAAAACCCGACAUCGCGGCCAUCCUAGUCGAACCACUCCAAGCCGCAGGAGGAAUGCGCCCCGCAGCCCCCGAGUUCCUGCAAUUCCUCCGAGACUCAGCAACCAAGAUAGGAGCAGUGUUAAUCUUCGACGAGGUAGUCACAUCCCGGCUACACUAUAACGGUAUCCAGGGGGCCUGGAAUAUCAAGCCCGAUAUGACUACCGUGGGGAAGUACCUCGGAGGAGGAUUCCCCUUCGGUGCCUUUGGUGGUUCCUCCAAGAUCAUGGAUCGGUUUGAUUCGUCCGAUAAGAGUGUCGCUAUUCAUCACUCGGGCACGUUUAACAACAAUAUCUUCACGAUGACUGCUGCAGUUGCUGCGUCGAAAUUGAUUACACCCGCUGAACUGGAGCGGUUGAAUCGGCUUGGUGAUAGAUUUCGGGAACAGGGUAAUAUCCUGAUUCAGAAGGCUGGGGUCGAUUGGAUGUCGUUUAGUGGGUAUGGUAGUGCGAUUGGUGUUCAUUUUACAGGGGAUGAGGCUGGUUCAUUGCUUGAUUGCUUCUACUUUACGUUGCUCAACCGUGGAAUUGCUAUUGGACGGCGUGGGUUUCUUUCUUUGAAUCUUAUGCAUACCGAGGCUUCGAUUGAUCGUCUUCUUCAAGCUUUGAGAUGCUUUUUGAAGGACUUUUGUGGAGAGUCUCAGAUUAAGUCUAGACUUUAG